AUAAGGGAGUGCCUUGGCUUCCGUACUUAAGGUGACUUAAUUAAGGUGCAGGGUUUAUGCCAGGCCCUAGCCCAGUUUAUGCUGUGACUGACAGCAGCAGCUCCACUAGAUAAUGAAUGGCAUUGGUGUCCAUUUCGGUGUCCAUAUCCUGAGAUUGGCCCCAAUUUAAAAUCGCAGUAAUGACAUCAAUAUUUAGAAAAGUCUUCCAACAUUUUUUAAAUGAUCACAGUAUUUGAAUUGCUUUUAUUUGAUCACUUGUAUUACUCUUAUUAAAGUGUAGCUACUAUAUAGUAUAGUUUCAUAGAGCCUCUUGCUCUCGCUGCAUUUGCUUCCCUCCCACUAUUGGUUGGCAUUUGCAAGUCUCUCUAACUUGACAUUUUCCAUGACAUAUACAAAUUGACAGUUGAAGUAGCCAAUGACAGUACUGCACAGUGGUUACGUUAGCAGAUUACAUACGCGUCCUCCUUUUAGCGAUCCAAUCGCAUUAGUGGUUUACUGUCUUUCAGGUAGCAUGUUCACAAUUUAAAAAUCCCGUAAGAGUUCUAUCCUCCAAAACAGAAAUGGUUAUAUCCUCAAUGGUUCAAUCGGCAAGAUUUUCUACCAACACCAACUAGCUAUGUAGUUUACGUCUAGCUAAUUAUAUCGAGUGAUUUACGCGGUCAGGGGCAGUGAUUUUGAUCAUUUAAUCCAUACGCUUAUGUAAACUGCCUUUAUUAUCAGCAUUUUAACACAAUCUGCUUGCUUCACUUUGUUAAAAUGUAUCUACUGGCCGGCAGAAGGAAUGGAAGGGCUAACAGAAGUGUGAUGCGUGUCCUGCUGCCCCUGGUUGUCGCGGUGUUGUCAGCCGGAGUUUCUGGGAUGCAGGAGGAACACAAACCAGUCCAAGAACAACCGCAACAAGAGAAAACACCUACUGCUCAUGCUAUUGGCCCAGAGGUCAGUGAAAAUGAUUCCAGCAAAUCUGGUGACCUGGGCUUCAUCCAUGCCUUUGUUGCUGCCAUCUCUGUCAUCAUUGUCUCUGAGCUGGGAGACAAGACUUUCUUCAUCGCUGCCAUCAUGGCUAUGCGCUACAACCGCCUCACUGUGCUGUUAGGGGCAAUGCUAGCGCUUGGCGUUAUGACCUGCCUUUCAGUGAUGUUUGGCUAUGCCACCACCAUCAUCCCCAGGAUCUACACAUACUACGUGUCCACGGCUCUGUUUGCCAUCUUUGGUGUUCGCAUGCUGAGAGAGGGGCUGAAAAUGAGUCCAGACGAGGGUCAGGAGGAGCUGGAAGAGGUGCAGGCUGAGAUUAAAAAGAAGGAUGAGGAGCUCCAGCGGUCUAAGCUGGUGAAUGGGGCUUCAGAUGUGGAGUUGGGCUCAGGGUCAAGCCAUCCUCAGGGGAGAUGGCACAGCUUCAUCUCGCCUGUGUUCAUCCAGGCCUUCACACUCACCUUCCUUGCAGAGUGGGGAGACCGCUCUCAGCUGACCACCAUCAUCUUGGCUGCCCGGGAGGAUCCUUUUGGAGUGGCGGUGGGUGGUACUCUGGGACACUGUCUGUGCACAGGACUGGCUGUGGUUGGAGGAAGGAUGAUUGCACAGAAGAUCUCUGUCAGAACUGUUACAAUCGUUGGUGGGAUAAUGUUCCUGGCCUUUGCAUUCUCUGCCCUCUUCAUCAAGCCAGAUGCUGGAAUCUGAUUGGAGUACAUGCCUGUAAAGCUCAACUAUGUGUAUUUGGAGAGGCUGUACUCUUGACUCUGUGUGUAUGACAAUUGUACUGUACUCAUGGUGUGGGUGAGAUAUGGAGAAUAUUCUAUAAUGGGACUCUAAUGGGUGAGUGUGUCUGUGUGAAUGUUGCCCUCUUGUCUUACUGAGUCUGUGAUCCCUCACCGGUCUGAAUCCUGUGGCUUACACAUAGGACAAGACUUACCUCUCCCUCAGGCCCGUCAGUACUGAGCUUGGGUCUGUUUUAUUAAUUCGUUCCCCAUCCUCGGUUAUUAUAUUAUGAUUUAAGAGCAGCUUAUUCAUUGACUGAGUGCAUGGAAUCACUCCUCCCCUCUUCAGCAUGAGCUCAGUGUUGUUGAGCAGCCAAGUCACUGCUGGUUGAACGCUGACUCCAGGGCAAUCCCAUGGAGGGCCAGUCUGUCCGUUAUCUAUCACUCAAAUUACUACAACGGUUUAGGAAGAGGUUGUGUGAGGCCUACUGAUGAAGAAAUCAUGGAACAAAAUACUUCAUAGCUUCACUGCCAUGUUUUGAGACCUGAGCCAUUGUCAACAACACCUUUCCUGAAAGUGGUUGGUUAGGGUAUUUAUUUACAACUUUUGAGCAGAGAGAUUGUUAAUGUUAACUUUUUAUUUUAUUUUUAGCUGAAGUACUGUAGACAGUAUACUUUUUUAAAGUGCACAGGGAAAUGUCACUACAUUGUCAAUAUUUGACAAGUUGUACCCUGUGAUGACCGACCAAGCGUGUACAUGUACGCUGUUUGCGAUAUUCACUUCAUUGUUAAAGCCUGAUUUAAUGUAAAUACUCAAUAAAACCUGUCAUGCCAAGACUGGUUUCUUACCUUA